CCAAUUGAUGAAUUGAUGCUUUAUUUAUGUUUGAUUUUCAGCCUGUUUGUUUGAUUGUCACAUGGACCUAUUUGAUGAUAAUGACUUAUUUCUCUUGUGAAUAAUUAAAAAAAAUCUUUGCAUUUUGUUAUUAAAACUAUAAAUUUUAUAAAAUUUUUAUCGCAAUGAAUUUCGUUCCUUGUUUGACCUGGGUUGCAAAGGGAAUUGCUAAGUCAGUUCCAGAUAAGCUUCAAUUGUCUCCUGAAGAACUGAAAAGUCUUAUAAGUGAUACUAAAGAACUGCAGAGAAAAGUUGAAGAUGAUGAUGCUUCUGAGUCUGAUGCUACUUGUGAUGAACAUGAAGACAUUGCUGAAGAAACUGAGACUUUAAAUGAUGAAGAGGACAAAGUUGAAAAAGAGGAGGAGGACUUUGACAAAAGAUAUAAUUUAGAUUCAUAUGAUAAUGAUGGAGAAGAUCAGCCAUUUAUGAAUAUUUCUGAUGUUGCGACAUUUAUUGACAACAAAGAAGACACUUAUAUAACAGAUCAUGAUGCUGUUGAAGAAGAUGAAAAUGAUGAUGAAGAGGAUUUCAUUAUAAAAGACAGUGAUAAUUUGCUCCUUGUUGGACACAUUGAAGAGGAAAGCUCUGUUCUAGAAGUUCAUGUGUAUAAUAAAGAGGAAGAUGCGUUCUAUGUUCAUCAUGAUAUUGUUUUGCCAGCUUAUCCAUUGGCCUUAGAAUGGUUAGAUUUCAGUCCAUCAGAUGAAGAAAAAGGUAACUAUGUUGCUGUUGCUGACAUGACACCAGUCAUCAAAAUUUGGGACUUAGAUGUUGUGGAGAUUUUAGAACCAGAUUAUUGUUUAGGCAAAGAGCUGAAGGAAAAUAAGAUGGAGAAAAUAAAACGGAAAUAUCACUCUGAUGCAGUUAUCAGCCUCUGUUGGAAUAAACAUACAAGAAAUAUUCUGGCCAGUGGUUCAGCCGACUCCUCUAUUAUUCUAUGGGAUCUUCAGGAAGGUAAACCACUAAAGAAACUUGACUUGCAUGAUAAUAAAGUACAAUCACUGCAGUGGCAUCCUUUUGAGACUUCUUUCCUGUUGUCAGGAAGCACUGAUGGAGUUGUUAAAUUGUUUGAUUGUCGGACUCCUGAUGCUGAAUGCAAAUCCUGGACAUUUGAUGGUGAAAUAGAAAAAGUUGCUUGGAAUCUCUCAAAUCCAUUAAAAUUCCUGUGUUCAAAUGAUCAAGGUUUUGUGCACAGCGUCGAUAUUCAAAGCAAUAAAGUGGAACACAGCUUCAAAGCUCAUGCAGAUGCAGUAACAG